AGCCGCAGCCCUGCAGAGUUAUGCUUCAACCCUAAUCAAACACACCUGAACAAGCCAAUCAAGGUCUGAAGGGUUACUAGGACGCUGAACUCUGCGGCUCUCCAGGACCAGAGUUCACCACCCCUGAUCUACAUCAACAACUUUGGCUCCAAAUGGUAUCCCCAAGCCAUAUCUCACAAAAUAUUUUAAUUGGUCAGAUUUGCUGCUUAACAAACCACAUAAAAUUGAUUGGGUAUUCCUUCCUGAUGAUUAGGAACCAAUAUGCCGGGGGGCGGGAAAUGUGACGUCACCAGGAAGCGUUUUCAAAACAACAGUUAUAACUUUUAUACGCUACAGUGUGCAGAGACAGUGCCUUUCAACUGUAUACUACACAAAUGUCCGAAAGCAAAAAUACACAGCACUGGUCUUCAGAGGAAACCAGCGUGCUGCUCGCGAUAUGGUCUUCCACAGAGAUCCAGGAGAAACUGGAGAGCUCGACAAGGAAGAAAAGAGUUUACGAUGAGAUAAGCCAGGAAAUGCUGAAUGGUGGCUUCAGUCGCUCGACCGAACAAAUAGUAAACAAGUUGAAAAAGCUUAGAAAGGAGUACAGGGACCUGAAAAGGAAACCAAGUGAAAGUGACAGUGGACAGAUUAAUAAAACAUUCGACCACGACCUUAUGGAGUCUGUGCUAGAACACCGACCAGCCAGUCAACUGACUGGGGCCUUGAAUUCAGCGACAGCCACGCUUGAGAAAAACGCGGACUCCGUUGUGUUUUCUGUAGCCGAGCUAGGUUGCAAAAUAUCUGAGCCCAAAACAGCACAGCAGUGGUCUUCAGAAGAAACCAGCGCGCUGCUUGCGAUAUGGUCUUCCACAGAGAUCCAGGAGAAACUGGGGAGCUCAAAAAGAAAGAAAAGCGUGUAUGACGACAUAUGCCAAGAGAUGGUAAAUGUUGGGUUCUCUCGUACAACUGACCAAAUCGUUAACAAACUAAAAAAACUUAAGAAAGAGUCCAGGGACAGUAAGAAGGGGAAACGUAAAAGUGUCAGCCGAUGGAGCAAUAAAACCAUUAACUAUGAUGUUAUGGACACUGCGCUGGAAUGCCUACCAACGAGUCAGUUUACUGAAGCUUUAAAUUCAGCAACAGCCAUGCUUGAGACAAAUGCUGAAUCGCUGUCUUCUGCCGCUGAUCUUGACUCUUCACCUGAGGAGGUGCUGGACCAAGCUAAAUCAUCCUUCAGCUCCUCUCAUCCCCAACCAAGAAAGCCUCUGGGAACAACUAGAAUAAAGAAGAGAGAUUCAAACCAGGAGCUGCUGGAAUACUUGAAAUCUGCUGAUGAACGGUUUAUGGCACACGCCAAAGAACUUAAUACUGCCAUUCUUAAUAAAAUGGAUGAAGCUACGAAUUCUAUGCUGGGACUAUUGGGACGCAUGGUGGCACUAAUGGAGGAACAGCAGGGAAACAAGCCAUGAACACAGGAUUCCUUUUGCACGCUUAAUUCUCAUUUGCACACUUUUUACAUUUCAAAGUCGAAGCAAAACUGAAAUUGAACCUCAAGUUACUUUAUUAAUAUACAAUUACAGGUUUUACUUGGAAUUAUUGUUUUGUGUAUUUUAUUACAGAAAAAUCUUUAUUAAUCUGUCUUCAAAAUAUAAUAACUUGUUCUACCCAUGAAAUUACUUAUUAUGCUGGACAACAUCAGCUCCUCCCCUCCAACCACCUGUCAUAUAGAGACCACGACCAGCUAGUGGAACUAAUGUAGCAAACCCAGAUGUGUUUGACAGGAGUAAAGGUGAAACCAUUGCAACACGACAACUCCCUUCAUGACUUUGAUUAAAAGGCCACAGACAGAAGAGAGCACCAUUGACAUUGAUGUCAACAAGCAUUCAUCAUGCACCUUAAAGGACCCAACAGAUUUCACAAACAUACUUGAUGGCAGUCAAGAAGACAAUGAAAAGUUCAAGAGCUUGACAGCCCUCACCAUCAGAUUUCUUGGAAUAAAGGCUGUGUUAUUGCCUAAUAUUAAAGUUUGCUCCAAAGAACAUGGCGUUAUCUUGCAUUCUGUGGUUUCUACUUUCUACACAGAGACAUUACAUCACUUAGGCCUAUUUACAUUUUGGCUGACAUAGCCUGAAACAUUCCUGUAAUGUGGUUGAGCCAUUUCCUUCAUGCCAUUUUCCUUUCCUAAACUGUUUACUGAUAGAUUGUUCCUUGCUGCUCUUUGCCACAAUGAAAGAGCAGCAAAGGUUCAAUCUCAGGUACAAUCUCUUUUGUUGUGGCAAAGAGCAGCAAGGAACAAUCUAUAAGUAAACAUUUUAGGAAAGGAUAAUCAUGUUAGUAACGUGGUUAGAGUCCAAAAAGAAGGAAUAUUCCCUUUUCUACAUAAAACAGCAUCAACAUACAGUAUGUUGGAUGAUGGAGUUUACAUUGCAGAAUUAAUCUUGGUUACAAAUGCUGUUAACAAAAAAUUGUAACAUUUUGUUCAUUGUUUACUUUGUGUGUUGUUGCUUCAUGCACGUGUGUCUCAAGUUUGCAUUUGUCUAUUUUUUUUUUACUUUACAAAUUAACACUGUUUACAUGUCAAAUUUAUUUGCAUUUUCUUUUUUUUUUUUGUAAUUCAUUUUUGUAAUAAAUCAAUAUACACAAGUGUUGGAACAUUCAUUGAACAUUCAUUUCACACCAUGAGCAAGUAAGGAUCUGAGGAAAAACAAUAGAAAAUAUAAUAAAAUUAAACUGCAACUUGAAUAAUUUCACUGUCCUGUCUGUUAAAGUAGUCUAAUAAUGCCGCUCGUAUAUCAGUCCCUUCUGGUUGUCCAUGCUCUGUUAAUGGCUGAACGGGAGGCUGUAUGUUCACAUGGAUAGCGGAAGGGUCUUCAUUGAAGGGGUCUCCACGUUCCUCACAGAUAUUGUGUAGCACACAGCAGGUCAAAACCAUCUUCUUUAUCAGCUCCAGUUUACAGUCAUUCCUUUUUAAGAGACACCUCCAUCUUGCCUUUAGCUUUCCAAAACUCAAGUCCACAACUGAACUUGCACUACUCAACCUGAGAUUGAACCUCUGCUGCUGUGGUGUUAGUCUGCUCGUGUCUGGAAAUGGCUUCAUCAGCCAGUUUUGCAAGGGAUAGGCUGAGUCUCCAAUCAGGUAGUAUCCAACAUCACAACCAGAGAUGUGCACUUUGCUUUGGUUUAACGGGUGUCCAUCAUUCAAUAUCUUCCACAAAUAUGACUGUCUUAGGACCCUUGCAUCAUGUACGCUCCCAGGAUAGCCAACACACAAAUCCCAGAAAAGCCCUUUGCCAUCCACUACAGCUUGCAUUACUAUUGAAUGCCACCCUUUCCUGUUAAAAUAGUCGAGAGGGUAUUUUUCUGGUGCUAUUAUUGUAAUGUGGCUUCCAUCUAUUGCACCCACACAUUGAGGGACAUUCCAGCGAUUUUCAAACACAUCUGCCAUCUCCUUCAGCUUUCUAGAAUCUGGGAAUUUAAUGUGUACAGGCAGAAGAACUUUAAUUACAGCGUUGCAGAAGUCCUGCACACAGUUGAAUACAGUGCUCACGCCAACCCCGAAAAGCUGACUGACACUUCUGUACUCACUGCCAGUGGCAAGCUUCCAAAGGGCAAUGGCAAUUCGUUUUUUCACAGGUAUACACAAACGGAAAUUGGUGUUCCUUCGUUCAAGCACAUGCUUGAGACGACAACAGAUGUACUCAAAAGACUCCCGUGAGACCCGGAAAUUCUGGAUGAACUGUUCUGGAGUGAAUUCAGGUACAAUGGUAUCCCACCACUUGUGC